AUGCCCAUGGAAUACCAACUUCUCCUUCUUAGCCUUAACCCUCUCUGCCUCAGCCAGAAGUGCCAUCCUCUUGGCAGCCUUAGCAUAAGGAUUGAGCUUCAGCAUCACAUUCAGAUUCUUCAAUGGGUUCUUCUUCAGGGGGGCCCUCUUAGUCUCCUUCUUGAUCGGCUUCACCACAGACUGCACCUCAUCGGAGUUGAUGAUCCUGGCCAAGUCAGCAUUGACCAUCUUGGUCCUUGGCAGAACAUAACCCUUCUUCUUCUCAGAGAGCUUAUCAAAAGUUCCAUAAAUCUCGUCGAGCUUCUCAAAGGCAGACUUGGUCCAGAUGAUGAACCUCCCAAGAUGGCCACCAGGGGCAAGCUUGAGAAGGUUCAGGCGGGAGACGUGGGCAACCUCAACACCUGGGAUGUUGCGGAAAGCCUUGACGAGUUUUGCUCCCUCAGUUCCAUAAACCACGAGCGGCCCUUUCCUGGAUAUGUAGCGGCGGAUUUUCACGGCGGCGCUAGUCUUCUCCGCAGCCUCAGCAGCAUCGGAGAUGACGAGGGGAAGCUCGGGAACCUCCUCAAUCCUGUGCCCGCGGGCAAACACAAGCGAGGGGACGGCAGACGCGGCAAUGGCGGAGACAACUGCGUGGCGCUUCUGGGUGACGUUGACGGCCCUGUGCCAGCGGCGCCAGAUCUUGGUCGGCGCGAACAUCCUCCCGCCACGGCACAUGUUCCCGAAGGCUCCCUGGCCGGCGCGGUGGGUGCCGCCGCCGGGGACGCGGGGGAUACGGGAGACAGCGCGGCCGGUUCCCCAGGACUCGGCGGAGGUCUGGUGACCGGCGCGUCUGGAGACUGCGUAGGGCUGGCGGGCGUUGUUGGAGAUCUGGCCGUGGACGAAGGUCACGAUGUCGGGGCGGAUGGCAGCCUUCAUCACGUCGGGGAGGGGCACGGAGUUGACGCCGGCGGCGCCUCCAUCGGUGGGCAUGUCGUUCUCCAGCGGCUGGACGGAGACGAGGGGACGGGCGGCGGCGGCGGCCAUUUCGGGAUAUUUGGGGUUAUGGGGAAAUGA